ACUGAAUCAAUGAAUUUCAUGCACUAUAAAUAGUGUUUGCUGAUCCUGAACACUUGGGAAAAGAAGGACAAGGUUUAAAAGGGCAAGGAAUGACAUUUUAAAUGAUGAAGGACAAAUGUGCUGAUGAAUAAUAAGAAACUGUAAGCUGUAGCAUUUAAGGAAUCAACAGAAUUGAAGUAGCUGCUCAGAUAAGCAGACAAAAGGCCUUCAUUUGAAAUCAUUUUUAAAUUAAUUGAUUAAUAUUAUUUUUUUACUAAAAGUUUAGUGGGUCCCCUUAGACACAGACCACCGUGUUCCCACUGUGGAGUCAAAUCCCAGCUUGUUGUCCGGCCAUGAGUCUGUUGGAAGACUUGUAAAUAAACGAUUGCAGUCCCUACUGGUAACAGAGUAAUAUGGCACACAGUUAUUGCUGAAUCUGCUCAAUGCAGAAGUAAUUUUAAAGUGUUUUAGCACCUCAGUGACCAAAAUCAAGAUUAAUAUUCAUUUUUUUCUCUCUUAGCCAAUAUUAAAAAUUCUACAGGGAUUUUCUACAACAUGAAACAACAGCAGAUGCUCUUUUGCACAAGCUGAACCUUUUUGUUCAAGAACAAAUGACUGUGGGUUACAAGAAAGUCUUUGGUUCGGGUACAAGACUUUAUGUGACAGGUUCACAGGUUAAGCCACCAAAGUUGUAUGGAUACCUACCGUCAAAAAAAUACAUUGACAAACGUGACAAACAGACAAUGUUAUGCCAGGCAAGUGGCAUGUUUCCUGACUUGGUGAAAUUCACAUGGAAAAAAAAGAGUGAAACAGGAGAGUGGACGAAUGUACCAGAGGAAAAUGUUGUGGAACAGAAUAACAAAAAUGCAGUCACUGUGACAAGUAUGAUGAUUAUAGAUAAAAACACGGCCGAAAACAGCGACUACCAAUGCACUGUUGCCCAUGAGGGAGGCACUGAUAAACCCCAAACUCUUGAAAUGAAGAGAGAAGACAGUAAGCCAUCAACGGAAUCCAAAGAUGGUCAGAAUCCACCAACAUGUCCACCCAGCUCUGAGGGGACCAUAAAAAAGCAAAUAUCAGGAGAUUCAGAGCAAAUACCCAGUAUGUUCCUGUUUGUCUACGCAUAUGGUCUCAUGCUCAUGAAGAACGGAAUAUAUUUUUGUGCUGUGUCUAUCUUUCUAUUAAAGAGAAAAGCUGGAAGAAAGAAAGACGAAAGCUCUUAUUCAGAGCAAAUACCCAGUAUGUUCCUGUUUGUCUACGCAUAUGGUCUCAUGCUCAUGAAGAACGGAAUAUAUUUUUGUGCUGUGUCUAUCUUUCUAUUAAAGAGAAAAGCUGGAAGAAAGAAAGACGAAAGCUCUUAGAGAUUUAAUGCUAAGAUAAGAUAAAUAUCAAGCAAGCAAAGGUUUAUUAUAUAAAGCACGUUUCGCUGACUAAAGCAUAGAUGCAUAUCUAUAUAUUAUCUCUGCUUAACCGUAUUGCUUUUAAAUUCGUUGUCGAUCUGCUUUGCACAAUUUAUUUUUGCACCUUUGAAAUGCAAUAUUUAGAUUUUUAAAAAUGUGUAAUGUACCCAAAU